AAGAAUCAGUUCCUACCCGGAGUGGUAAUGUGGCGCACCUUAAAACAUGGCGGCCAACAUAGAGCAAAUUUUCCAAGAUUUUAUAUUGAAUAAAAUCAGAGAAAUUGAAGACCAGAAUGAAGACAAAGCUGCUGUUGAAGGAGUUGGUGAUGGAGCUGAUGUUGUUGGAGUAGAAAAAGCCACUUCAGAGAGAGACCGGAAGCCGGACGACUUAAGGAGCAGUGGUUCACAAAAGAAGCAUAAAAAGCACAAAAAACACAAAAGUAAAAAGAAGAAGAGGAACCGGGAGAAGGAGAAGGAGAGCAGUUCAGAGUCUGGAGCUGAGCUGGAGCGAGGAAACAAACAUCAACCCAGGAGAGGAACACCAACAGAGGCGAAUAAGGAACAAGGUGAGGAGAACGAGAGCAAGUCCAGAUGCCACAAGCGGCAUUCGUCAGGAAAAAGGAAGAAGAAGAAGAAAAAGAAAAAAGGUGAAGAGAACUCAUCAGAUUCUGACUCAGAGUUUGUGUCGAAGCAGAGGGAUGGUAAUUGUGCUCAACGGUUAUCGCCAACGCGGCGAGAGGAGCUGCCUGAUAUCAUCCCCAAACAGGACAGCUCCAAUAAAGCAAGAGGAGGAGAAGAAAGACACGGCAGGAGGAGUUCUCGCUCCCGAUCACGCUCCCAUUCCUAUUCACACUCACAUUCCUGUUCAGUCAAGACCAACUCUCGGUCUGCUCACCACCACCCCAGAUCUAGGAGUCGAUCCCGCCACAGGAGCCGCUCCAGGUCUUCAGAGAAGAGAGGAGCUUUGGAUGAAUCCAUACAGGCCACCCAAGGUCCUCCAAAAGGCCUCCAGCCACCUCAGCUGGCAUCCAGCCCUAGCAGGAGUCACAUCAAAGCGGAGGAGCUGAGUGAGUCAAGGACAAAGCUGCAGAGCCCUGACCAGAGUGAAGAGUCAGCUGAGAUCAAAGAGAAGAAAGCAGAUGACUCAGCACACAAACUAGCUGCAGGUUCUGCUACGCCCCAGUCCAACCAGCUGAGCCAGUCCAUACCUACAGAACCUGACCAGACCACUCAGACCAGCUCCCCUCUGCCUAAAGUAUCAAACGAGCCCAAGUCCUCUGACUCGAAUGUCAAAUCACCAAAGAAGAAGAGGAAACAAUCCAAGUCCCCACAGAAGAAAAAAGAAGCAAAGGCAUCAAAGAGGCAGAAAAGAUCCAAGUCGCCAUGCAGGAGCCACAGGAGAUCCAGAUCGAGGAGUCCUUCAAAGAAAAAGAGAUCCCGGUCAAGGUCAGGGGGCAGGAGGUCUCGGAGGUCGCGCUCGCUGUCACGGGGCCGUCGGAGGGCCACGUACAGCCAGAGGGACCGCUGGAAACGAGAGCCCAGCCACUCCCCCGUGCUCAUCCUCCGCAAAAACAGGUCCCCCACUCGGAAACUUGGCAGUUCGAGCAACAGUCCUCAGCGCAUCAGUGAACUGGAUAAGGAGCAGUUGUUAGAAAUUGCCAAGGCCAAUGCUGCUGCCAUGUGUGCCAAAGCAGGUAUGCCCAUCCCUGCCAGUCUGAGGUCCUCGGUGCUCCCCCUGGCUCUGCCCAGUAUGGCCAUGAAUGCUGCUAUGGCCAGUAUGACAGCAGCCACCAUGACAGCAGCAUUGUCUAACAUGGGCAUGUCUUCACUGCUCCCACUGCCUUCCAUCACCAACAAGCCACCUUCUGCCUCCAGCCAGUCCAAUAUUGCUGCUUUAGAGGAAGUGAAGAGGAAAGUGGCGAAGCAGGCCAACAGCAUCAGCAUCAAGGAGUUUACUGAUAAAUGCAAGAUGAUCGUGGACAGUAAAGGAGAGCUGCCGGUGGCGCUGCCUCAUGUUUCCGAUGAAGAGGAUGAUGAGAAACCUUUUGGAGGAUCAGCUCUGCGAGAGCAAAAAGCCAUCAGCUUCAGCAUCAACAACACAACAGUUCGUCCAGCAGUGCGUAGUGACGCAGGCAUGGCCAAAGAGUUCCCUGUGUCUUCAGGAUGCCAGCAUCGUAAGAAGGAGGGCGAGACACUGGGAGCCUACGGAGAAUGGGUUCCGGUUGACAAAACAUCAGACAAAGCUGCAGCUGCCUCCAAAAAAGCCCUGACCACUGUUCCCAUAGCGACAGCCACCUCAUCAUCAGGUGAAACGGCGACAGCACCAGACGUACCAGAGGUCGUCGAACAGCCGGCGAUUGUGCCAGAUAAUGACAGUGUUUUUCCUGACCCAGUGCUACAGCCAGUGGAUAUCUCUCAGGCUGUAACUGAGAGAAUCAAAGCCCAGAGGCGAUUGGCUGAGAACCCCUAUGAUGUCAGUGCCAUCUGCAUGCUCAGCCGGGCUCAAGAGCAGGUGGAUGCAUGGGCCCAAUCCAACACUGUUCCUGGACUCUUCACUGGUUCCACUGGAGCCCAGGUCCUCAGCUCCGAGGAGCUUUCUACCAGCGGGCCACAAGCAUGGCUGAAGAAGGACCAGUUCCUCAGGGCAGCUCCAGUAUCAGGUGGUGUUGGGGAGUUCCUGAUGAGAAAGAUGGGCUGGAAGACGGGAGAGGGUCUAGGGAGGAACCGCGAGGGUACCGUGGAGCCAAUCAUCAUUGACUUUAAGGUGGAUCGCAAAGGACUAGUAGCUGAAGGAGAGAAGCCACAGAAGCAGACAGGAGGACUGGUGGUAACCAAGGAUCUAAUGGGGAAGCACCCGGUUUCUGCUCUCAUCGAGUUGUGCAACAAGAGACGGAUAAUGCAGCCGGACUUUGUUAUGGUUCAUCACAGCGGUCCUGACCACCGCAAGAAUUUCCUCUUCAAGGUCACAGUAAAUGGUGUGGACUACCAACCCCAGACAGCCAGUCCAAAUAAGAAACAUGCCAAGGCAAUGGCAGCUACAGUCGCACUGCAGGCUUUGGGAGAGGUUCCUGUUGAUGGACCAGGUCUCUACACUGGUCCAGUGUUCACUGCUGCAUCUACUGGCCCCCUCUUCUCUACAUAGACAUUUGCACAACAGUGACACAUUUCACUGUAUUCACUCUUCAUUUGUGUGGCUUUUUUUAGUCCCACUAUGGAACAUUUCCACUCUGAUGACUUAUUUAUACAGGAUACUAAGAAAUGGACAAUUUGCUCUGGACACAGGACAGUGAGAACCAUGAAGACCAGUCUGGCCUCAGAGUAUCUUUGUAUGGAAGCUGCCUGUUACUGACUUUCUACCCAGAAAUCACACAUUCUUUUAAAAGUCACUGCACUCACGACACAGUGGCAAAUAUAUUUUUGCCAGGUUUUUAGGACUCAUAUUUAAAGUGGAUGGCAUGUAUGUAUGUAUGUUUGUAUGUAUGUAUGAUAUAGUAGCAUUUCAGCCCGAUAUAUAUUAGCUGAACAAUACUCUAGUGCAACUCUAGUUCAGUCAAGAGUUCUCUGCAGUGGAUUUGUUGUUGGCUACAUUGGGCUGUUAAAUGAAUCUGUAAAUGAUUGUGUGUUGCUGGUAAGUUCUGUGUUGGUCCUAAUAUUACAUUUUUGGCCUGGCCUCCUUCUGAAAUGUUUGUCAUACAAGAGGCUGUUAAAUUUUAUGGAACUAACCCUCUAAAAGUGUGUAAACAGAAUAAAGAUUAUAUUUAUGUUAUGUA